AUGCUGCAACUUGCUCCAGCCUCAGCGGCUACCUUGGCUGUUGUCGCUGUUUUUGUAUACUGGGUUCUUCGAGCCUUCUACAACGUAUAUCUGCACCCCUUAAAAGCGUUCCCAGGCCCUUGGCUGGCCAGAGCCAGCGUCUUGUGGCAUUCUUAUCAUAGUCUCCGUGGUGAUCUCCAAUACGCUUUACACCAGAUGCAUCUAAAGUACGGUCCGACGAUUCGAAUUGCACCAGACGAACUCAUUUUUGUCGAUGCCAAAGCUUGGAAAGAUAUUUAUGGUCAUCGAAGUGGAACGCCAGAAUAUAUCAAGGACCCAUCCCUGGUCUUCACCGCCGAUGCUGGCCCAAGCCUCUUUUCUGUUCACAAAGGCGACCACUCAAAGCUAAGGCGACUUUUGUCGCACGGCUUUUCGGACAAAGCACUACGAGAGCAGGAGACUGUCAUUUCUGGCUACGCCAAUCUUCUGGUAGACCGACUGCGCCAGUUCUGCGACAAUCCAGUCGACGUGGCUGCGUGGUAUAAUUAUCUUGCAUUCGACGUUAUCGGCCACCUAUUAUUUGCAGAAUCCUUCAAUUGUCUUUCGCGCUCCGAUUAUCAUCCAUGGGUAAAGUUCAUUUUCAGUACCAUGAGGGUAAUUUCCUGGAACCGGUCUUUUAAUCGCCUAGCACCACGGAUUUCCCAGUUUCUGAUCAAACUUGUGCCGCAGAAAGUCGUCGACGAAGGCAAUGCACUCCUAGAGAUGACGAGAGCGAAACUUCAUCGGAGAAUAGAAGCUAAGCUACAGUAUACAGACUUGAUGGAGAAUCUUUUAGUGGCUCAGAAACAGGGCAAGAUCACCAUGGACGAAGUGUUCAAUAACGCCACUCCCUUAAUUGUUGCUGGCAGCGAAACGACAGCUACGGCCCUUUCAGGAGCUACCUAUUUCCUCAAUCAAAAUCCCGAGGUAUAUCAAAAACUAAAGACAGAGGUUCGGUCAGCAUUCACUCACAGAAGUGAAAUUACUAUUUCGAAGGCUGCUGGCCUGCGCUAUCUGGCCGCGGUGAUUGACGAAACAAUGCGCCUAUAUCCGCCCUCCCCGACGAGUCAUCCUCGCUUAGUUACACCCGAAGGCGGGAUUAUUGCCGGCUACUUUGUCCCAGGCAAUACCCUGGUCGGCAUCAGCCAAUACUCUGCAUUCAGGUCGCCUCACAACUUCGCCUGGCCCGACGAAUUCGCCCCAGAGAGAUUCGUCGAUUCCAAUCAGCUGGCAUGGGCCGGCGACAAACGUGAUGUCCUACAGCCGUUCCUUUUUGGACCGAGAAACUGCAUUGGCAGAAAUCUUGCCUUGAUUGAAAUGAGACUCGUCCUGGCCUUGGUCGUGUUUGAGUUUGACAUUGAGGUCUUGCCGGAGUCCAGGAACUGGAUACGUCAAAAGCUAUUCACAACUUGGGAAAGACCGUCACUCAUGGUUCGUAUGACACCAGUUGCGCGCUAG